GUGUUGUCCUGUUUAGUUCAGAUAGCCUCUGUGCGGCGCUCUCUCUUCAACAAUGCGGAGCGAGCGAAGUUCCUCUCUCACCUGGUGGACGGAGUGAAGAGGAUACUGGUGAACCCACAGUGUUUGCCGGACCCGAAUAACUACCACGAGUUCUGCCGGCUGCUGGCGAGGCUGAAGAGCAACUAUCAGCUGGGGGAACUGGUCAAAGUGGAGAACUACCCGGAGGUGAUCCGCCUCAUCGCUAACUUCACCGUCACCAGUCUGCAGCACUGGGAGUUUGCCCCCAACAGUGUUCACUACCUGCUGAGCUUAUGGCAGCGUCUGGCCGCCUCCGUGCCGUACGUUAAAGCCACCGAGCCUCACCUGCUGGAGACCUACACACCUGAGGUCACCAAGGCUUACAUCACAUCGCGGCUGGAGUCCGUGCACGUCAUCCUCAGAGAUGGGCUGGAGGACCCUCUGGACGACGCGGGGCUCGUGCAGCAGCAGCUCGACCAGCUGUCCACCAUCGGGCGCUGCGAGUACGAGAAGACGUGCGCGCUGCUGGUGCAGCUGUUCGACCAGGCGGCGCAGAGCUACCAGGAACUGCUGCAGAGCACCAACUCCAGCUCAGCAGAUAUCACCGUGCAGGAGGGUCGGUUGACGUGGUUGGUUUACAUCAUCGGGGCGGUGAUCGGGGGGCGGGUGUCGUUCGCCAGCACAGACGAGCAGGACGCCAUGGACGGAGAGUUAGUCUGUCGGGUGCUGCAGCUGAUGAACCUGACGGACUCUCGACUCGCUCAGGCGGGAAACGAGCGGCUGGAGCUCGCCAUGCUCAGCUUCUUCGAGCAGUUCAGGAAGAUCUACAUCGGAGACCAGGUGCAGAAAUCAUCCAAGGUACGACGACUCACUGAACGACCU